UUUAUGAAACUAUAUAUGAGAAAAUUCACUCAUCAAGAAGAAAAAUUACACACAAAAAAAAAUCACAGUGUUUUGAAAAAUAACAUGGUGUAUUGGUCGUAUCCGCCGACGAGUAGGGAAAUUGCUUUAACCGCCGCCGUGUUUGCUAUCGGUGCUUCAUUGUUCGGCGCCGGAGCUUAUCUCUCGUUCGUUAACGUUGCUCCACAGCAGGCUCGUGCGAAAGAACGCAGUGAAGCCAUGAGGAAUUAUCUCAGAAAGCGCUUCGGUGAUUGAUUUAUGCAUCGGUCUUAACUUAAGUGAAGUGGAUUGUGAUGAUUUGUGAAUAAUUGAAGUAAUGAUUUGAUAACCUAACUGAAGAGAGAAGAGAAUAGAGGUUUGUGUACACAAGAAUAUGAAUUUGGCCAUCUGUUGAAGGAUUGUUCUAUUUUUGUUUCUGUGAUUUGUUUUAGUUAACUUUAGGAUAUUUUGGUGGACAUGUAAUGUAACCACAUACCAGUAGGGUAUUGUUUCAUAUCCUGAAAACUACAAGUAUUUCUUGGUUUAUACUUCAAAUAAGAUUAGAAAGAUUGAUGGCACUCUUACAAGUUUAUGUCGCGGCUAGUAAGGUUUUUUUUUCCUU